AAAGAAGGGUUGGGCGAGAGACAGUGGGAGUGAGUGGGAGAGACAUGGGAGAGGGAGAGAACUUGGAAGUAGAAACAGAGACAGAAACAGAAGCAGAAGGAACAUCAACAUGGAACCUCGGAAAACAUAGGCAGAUACUGGAGUUAUCGGAGAAGCUCAUGAAUGGAAACCUCAACACAAAGAUUGAAGCUGCCAGAGAAAUCAGGAAGCUCGUUCGCAAAUCAUCGUCAUCAUCCAAAACACGUUUGAAACUUGCCGCCGCGGGUGUGAUUCAACCACUCGUCUUCAUGCUCUCUUCUUCCGACCUCGACGCUCGUCAAUCCUCUCUCCUCGCUCUUCUCAACCUCGCUGUUCGCAAUGAACGAAACAAAGUCAAAAUAGUGACAGCUGGUGCCAUGCCUCCUCUGGUGGAGCUCCUUAAGAUGCAAAAUAGUAGUAUAAGAGAAUUAGCUACAGCUGCAAUCUUGACACUCUCAGCUGCUGCACCCAACAAGCCAAUUAUUGCUACUUCUGGAGCUGCACCUCUCCUUGUUCAGACUCUCAAAUCUGGAAGUGUUCAAGGCAAAGUUGACGCCGUUACAGCCCUCCAUAAUCUUUCCACUAGCAUUGGGAAUUCCACUGAACUUCUUGAUGCAAGUGCUGUUUUCCCUCUGAUCAACCUCCUUAAAGAGUGCAAGAAGUAUUCUAAGUUUGCAGAAAAAGCCACAGCACUACUUGAAAUCCUUUCCAACUCUGAAGAGGGACGAAAUGCAAUCACAAUUGCUGAUGGUGGAAUCUUAACCCUAGUAGAGACAGUUGAAGAUGGAUCCCUAGUCAGCACAGAGCAUGCUGUUGGAACUUUGCUAUCAUUAUGUCUAAGCUGCCGAGAUAAGUACCGGGAACUGAUUCUUAAAGAAGGAGCAAUUCCAGGUCUGUUACGACUAACAGUGGAGGGCACAGCUGAAGCUCAAGAUAGAGCACGCACGCUUCUGGAUUUGCUCAGAGAUUCUCCCCCUGAAAAAAGACUAACCUCCUCAGUGCUGGAGAAAAUUGUUUAUGACAUUGCUGAAAGGGUAGAUGGAGUAGAUAAAGCUGCUGAAACUGCCAAACGUUUGUUGCAAGAUAUGGUUCAAAGGAGUAUGGAACACAGCAUGAACUGCAUCCAGCAUAGGGCUGCAUCUUGUACUCCUUCUGUGAUUCCAUCCACUUGAUGUGUACCUUUUUUUCCUCAUCAAGCAACUAUGGACAGUUGAAUUUUAACUUGUAUAUACGUGUUUUCUUUUCUUCUUCCCUUUUGUUUAAUGGGGGCAAUUAGUAUGUUAGGUGAUCAUCUAAGCUGAUCCACAUGACUAGUAUUGAUGUUUACAAGACUAACUUGUGAUUGAUCUGUGACCUCGUCACUUGCAGUUACACUUGUGUAUUUCACCUAGUUAUGAACUUAUGAAAGAUUUCUAAUUUACCCGUGCUAUGCAAUCUUCAAUCGCU